AUGGAAAACACUCAAUCAGAAAUUGUUGAAUCUUUAGACUCGUUAAAGGAAUUAAAUUCCAAACUCCUAGCGCAGAAUGAUGAACUUAGAAAAGAGAAUGUUAAGGUCAAGGCCGAAAAUGCAAAAUUAAAACAAGCUUUAGAAGAACAUGAAAGCAGAUUUACGAAUCUAGAACAGAGAGAUAAAGAAAAAAGCAACCUUAUAGCUAAACUGGAAUACGACGUCUCACUAAUCAAGGAAGAGAGCUUGCAAGACAAUAACACGACUUCAGUAAGUGAAGAAAUACCUGUUUCUUCUGAAACAUGUCAACCCAUUUGUACAGAUCCUAAAUCAUUGGAAGAUAAAAAGAUUGAUGAUUUUCUAGAUUUAACGGAAAAGGAAAGGGCUAGUAAUAUGAUGAAGGAGAGAAAUAGGGAAAAGAAAUUUCGAGAUCAAGAAUUGAUACAAAAAACAUCUUUCUCUUCUGAGAAUCCUACAACUGAGAAAGUAGAACAAGGCUUAAUUCAUGAGUUAUCUGUUUGUGCUGAGAGAAAUAUUGCUACGCAAGACAUAGAUGUGCAAAUCCCUGAACUUCCUCUAAAAAUAAUAUUAGCAGGAUCUGAUGAAAUUACGGCUCAGAUUAUAGUAGAUUUGUUUAAUAUGGCAAUGAAAACUAGACAAAAAGAGAAUCUAUACUGGUAUUGUUUCUCUAAAGCAUAUGAAGAUCGAGUUAGGGAUAUUAAAUUCAAGAAUAAAAUCGAUGACCAAUCAGCGAGAACUUUGGUAUAUAAUGAAAUCAGAUUACUUCUUCCUGAUACCCCCGAUGUAAACUUGCGUAAUAGAACUUUCAAAGCUAAAAAAGUUUAUAUAUUGUUUGAAGGAAUAGGAAUAGAUAAAAUUAGGCAAGUAUCUUAUAGUGCAAGCGCUAUUUCGAGCUUAAAAGAUGAUCAGAUUCAAAAUAUUAUAAAUUGUUUCUCAAAAAUACCGGAACUUAUCAUCAAAAAUGAAUCAGAUAUAGAUACUCUUAUUGGGAUUUUACAGCAAAAAUUUAAAAUGUCUAAAGAAAAGCUAGAACAGUGGAGAGAAAAUAUUGCUUUUGAAUUGCGGGAUAAUUCUGAUUACUGGAAACCAAAACGUGAGAGUAUGUCUGAAGUGGAUUUCCUAGAAUACAAGCAAAAAUUUGAGGCUAUGGGCGUCCCUACUACACCAUAUAAAAAUGAACUAAAAGAGCGUUCUUUAGCCCUUAUUGCAUAUGGGUGA